UGGCCCUCGCGCGCGCACGCACGUUCACGCACGUACACGGAGACACACGCAGGCAGGAGGCGCGCGCGCAGUUCACACGGAGGAGAGACGCUUGACUGCAGUCAAGUUGAGGACGGCAAAGUCGUCACGGCACUGAUGAGCAUGGAGUCGUGCUACCAAGGGGGUCCUGAGGAGUGUGAGGGUCUGGAGGAGGUUCUGGUUGCGGCGGCGGCCCAGGCGGAGGCAGGUGCAGCAGAGGCGGGCGCGGCGGAUGCGGGCGUGUCCUGGGGUGGCACUGCCACUUUGGAUGACAGCCUGACCAGCCUACAGUGGCUGCAGGAUUUCUCCAUCGCGGGUGGCGGCGUACCCCCUGGCUCGCCGCUCACGCCCGGCAAACCCACAGCGGCCGCCUACAGCCGAUUGCUGCCGCUGCCCGCCAUCGUGGCGCGCGGCCACUGCCCAGACGAGGUGGACUACAAGACGGACCCCGGCGUCAAGCCGCCCUACUCAUACGCGCACCUAAUCUGCAUGGCCAUGAAGCACAGCAAACACAGCAAGAUGACGCUCGCCGGCAUUUAUAAGUGGAUCACAGACAACUUCUGCUACUUCAGGCAUGCUGAGCCCACCUGGCAGAACUCGAUCCGCCACAACCUGUCGCUCAACAAGUGCUUCAUCAAAGUUCCUCGUCAGAAGGAUGAACCCGGCAAGGGCGGCUUCUGGAAGAUUGACCCGCAAUACGCUGAACGCCUCCUGAGCGGCGCCUACAAGAAGCGCCGCAUGCCACCGGUCAGGAUCAACCCGGCGCUGCAGAGCCGGCUGGGGCGAGCUGCGCCGACGCCCAUCAGGAGCCCCGUCGGCAUUCUGCGUGCUGAUGACCAGUCUCAGCGACUCCUGCAGGAGUUUGAGGAGGCUACGGAGCAGAGCUGGGACGCCCGCCUGGCUCAGGGGACCAUGCUGGGGUCCUGGCCCACACCCGGGGGUGGCGCCAAGAGGAAGUCAGGUCGCAGGAGUGGCGAAGGCAAGACCUCCCGCCGGCCAGGCUCCCCGCUGCUCCCCACGGACGAGCAGAAGGAGAGCGGCCCUCUCAAGGGUGACUUUGACUGGGACGCCCUGCUGGACUCAGCGCUCAGCGGCGAGCUCAGCCUGGACGCCGGCGACGCCCUGGGCCCUGUCAUCCAAGAGGAUGAGCUGAGCAUGCAAACCGGUGGCCCCGCAGGGGACGCGGAUGCGCUAGCCGAGUCCCAAAAGUCCUUCCUGGGCUCGGUCUUUUUGGAGAGCCCCUGGCUGGAGGAGGACGCAGAGCCGGAGCGCAGCGACUACCUGUGUGGCGCCGGCGUCAAUCUGGAGCAACUGUUUGACCUCGCAGAACCCCCUGCAGACUCCCUGCUCUGAGGUCGCCUGGACUCUACACCUCAAACUUUUGAUACUCAUGGAACUUCAUGUUUACAUCACAUGAUUGACAUAUGACAUUUUUUGAUGUCCAUUUUUCACUUAUUUACACUCAGUGAGAUGGAGCCCAAAUCCAUGCAUCCAGCGUUCCAUGCAUUCAUCCAUUCAUCAAAUAAUCCAUCCAACAUUCAUAAUCCAGGAGAGAAAAUAUCCAUUGUCUAACCAAGAAUGGUAGAUCAUUGGUUGCAUAGAUCCCAAAAAACGUUUUCAUUCAACCAACAA